GAUGCCGAGCUCGAGACCAGCGCCGCCGCGCUGGCGGAGGCGACCGCGGGCAAGGCCGCCGCCGAGGCCACCAUCGCCACCAAGGACGUCGAGCUCGAGACCAGCGCCGCCGCGCUCGCGGACGCGAUCGAGAAGCAGGAGACCUGCGAGGCCACGGUGCAAUCGCUCGAGGAGGCGAACGCCUCCGGGGAGGGCUGCCCGACGCCCGCGCCGACGCCCGAGCCGACGCCCGCGCCGACGCCCGCGCCGUCGGUCUCUCCGACGCCCGCGCCGACGACGCCCGCGCCGACGACCGCGCCGACGCCCGCGCCGUCGGUCUCUCCGACGCCCGCGCCGACGACGCCCGCGCCGACGACCGCGCCGACGCCCGCGCCGACGUGGGGCGUCGUCGAGUGGAUUCAGCGCGGCGACGACAUCGACGGCGAGGCCGCGGGCGACGAGUCGGGCAGGUCGGUAUCGCUGAGCGCGGACGGCGCGACGCUGGCCGUCGGGGCGCCCUACAACGACGGCGGCGGCACCGACGCGGGCCACGUGCGCGUGUUUGCGUGGGACCCCGUCGAGGAGACGUGGGUUCAGCGCGGCGACGACAUCGACGGCGAGGCCGCGAGUGACUUCUCGGGCAUCUCGGUGUCGCUGAGCGCGGACGGCACGGCGCUGGCCGUCGGGGCGUCCGGGAACGACGGCGCCGGCUCCAACGCGGGCCACGCGCGCGUGUUCGCGUGGGACCCCGUCGACGAGACGUGGAAGCAGCGCGGCGACGACAUCGACGGCGAGGCCGCGUACGACAAGUACUGGUCGGUGUCGCUCAGCGCGGACGGCACGACGCUGGCCGUCGGGGCGUCCGGGAACGACGGCGCCGGCUCCAACGCGGGCCACGCGCGCAUGUUCGCGUGGGACCCCGACGACGAGACGUGGGUUCAGCGCGGCGACGACAUCGACGGCGAGGCCGCGGACGACUGGUCGGGCUACUCGGUGUCGCUGAGCGCGGACGGCACGACGCUGGCCGUCGGGGCGCCCUACAACGACGGCGGCGGCACCGACGCGGGCCACGUGCGCGUGUUUGCGUGGGACCCCGUCGAGGAGACGUGGGUUCAGCGCGGCGACGACAUCGACGGCGAGGCCGCGAACGACUACUCGGGCAUCUCGGUGUCGCUGAGCGCGGACGGCACGGCGCUGGCCGUCGGGGCGUACGGGAACGACGGCGGCGGCGACCGCGCGGGCCACGCGCGCGUGUUCGCGUGGCACUCCGACGACGAGACGUG